UGUAACGCAAAUAUCUUAUGCAGUCUGAAGCGUCGGGACUCCUGGAGAAGCAGCUCCGAGAUCCGCGUUCUCAGACACCGCAGUUAGUGAGCACUUUAGUGGAAUCAGCCAGCUGCCUCGACCCUCUGUCCGCCCCUCUCUGCCUCAGAGGCAGUUCGUAUGCCCACUGUCCACCUGCCCUGUGAGGCACGCUGGCGGCCGCACACUCGGGCAGAUGGACUGUAGCAGCCCUGAAACGUGUCUGAAGUGCUCCAAGUGCUCUGUCUGCAACAUAGCGAUCGCGGAGCUGCUUUUGUGUCAGUUUCUCGAGAUAGUCCUUUUCAGUUAAGUGAGGCGCAAUCCUCUCAGGUUCAGACCCAAAUGUGCUACACGAUUAUUUCCACGGAGCACUACUCGUUCUAAUACAUGAGGUAAAUUGGCUGUGUGUAUGCCACAUAUAUAUAUAUAUAUUAGUCAUUUUUAUGUAUGUAUUUAAACUGUACUGCUGUUACAGCAUUGAUGGAGCCAAAGAUGAUGGCUCUGUGGGAAGAAUGAUAAAUGACAACCACAAAAGUCCAAACUGCAAAAUCAAGAAACUGGCAGUAGAUGGAAUGCCACACCUCUGCCUGUUUGCUUUAAGAGAUAUUCUUCCUGGUGAAGAAAUCACAUACAGCUAUGGAGAUGGACCAUGGCCUUGGAGAAAGCAGGGAAAAGAAAAAGCCACCAUUGUAUCAUCACCAUUACAGACAAAUGACAAGGGCACUGGGGAAAGGGAUGUUGCCCAAAGCCAGAUCUUGGCUCAACAGCCUACACUGGCACAAGUAAAAGGCACUCUUGCUAUUGAUGAACAGAACCCUGAUGGAAGAGAGAAGGCCCUCAGUCAUAGCUUAGCUGAAAAGACUUCUGAACCUCAAGAGAAAGAAGCAGUUGUUACUAAUGAGCAGACUGAAGACAACAGUGGAUCUGACACUGAACCAGUUUCUUUAGAAGAGAGUGAGCUUGAUUGUACUGUGCCAAAACUUAGGCGCUCUGACAGUGUUAUUGUGAGCGAAGAGAUGCUUCGAAACUGUUCCGAGUCAUCAGAUUCCAGUAUGAACCAAAGCGAUGAUGACUACAUUCCUAAGUCAUCAGAAGAGAAUAGUCCAGACUGCAGUAGUGACAGCUUAUCAGCACACAUGAGUGACAAAAUAGAUAAAGAUGAGAAAUCCUCUGCGUCAUGUUCCACAUAUGAUAGACCUGUACCUGAUUCCACUGUUUCAGACUCUGAAAGCAAAGAAUAUGAUCCAGUAUCUGUAAAGGCAGUUUCUGUAAAAACUGGUGGAGGAAGAGUAUAUGACAAAAAACAGUUUUGCCUUUUCUGUGGUAAGUCCUAUGCAAAAAUUGCCAGGCAUAUUGAACAAAUUCAUCACAAUGAGACUGAAGUUGCUAAAGCUCUCCAGUUUCCAAGAAAAUCAAAAGAAAGAAGACUUCAAAUAGAUCUUCUUCGAAACAGAGGCAAUUUUGCUCACAAUGUGGAAGUUUUAAAAAUGGGGAAAGGAAUGCUCGUACCUCGAAGACAACCUAGAAAUUGUUUGCCAUCUAAAGAUUUUGCACAUUGUUUAAAUUGUCAGGGUUUUUUUUUUAAGACACAAUCUUUGGCGACACAUGAAACAUUGCAAGCUUAGAAAACGUGAUCAACCAAAACCUGGAAAAAAUAGGGUCCAGUCUUUGUGUGCAUUUGCUGAACCUGUGCCUCCUGGUGUUGACAGUGGCCUUUGGAAGCUAAUGAGUGAAAUGAUAAAAGACGACAUUUCACUUAUAGUCAAGAAGGAUCCUUGCAUUUUACAAAUAGCACGACAUCUCUUUAACAGGCUCGGUUCAGACAUAUCUAAACAUGAAUACAUUCGUCAGAAGAUUAGAGAGCUUGGUCGUUUGUUGUUAUGUGCAAGACGAAUAACACCAUUGCAAAAUAUGAAAGACUUCAUAAUUCCAUCUAGCUUUCCACAUGUAGUAACAGCAGUGAAAUGUGUUGCUGGGUACGACCAGGAGA